UCACCUCCGCCAUGCCUGUCUCUGUGGCCCCGCCUCCCCUGCCUGCUCCUAUUUCUCGUGCCCGAGGACCGCGCCUUGUCUGCAUAGCGGGCCGACGGGUUAAACCAUCGCACGGAGCGGGGGUGGCACGGACACAGCCUGUACCAACCGCCAGAGAGUAAGGAAAGGAGGGGCAGGAUGGCAGCGGGACGCAUCGGCUCUUACUCGUCCCCCUCCAGCAGCUUUAACGCUGGCUCCGGGAACAACCACAGCGCGGCCGCAGCCAGCGAGGAGGAGGACGGACACAAUCUCUGGUCGUCCAUUCUUAGUGAGGUUUCCACACGCUCCCGCUCCAAGCUUCCAUCUGGAAAAAAUGUGCUGCUGAUGGGCGAAGAUGGUGCAGGCAAAACAAGUUUGAUCGGAAAACUUCAGGGAAUUGAGGAGUACAAGAAGGGGAGAGGGAUGGAGUAUCUCUAUAUAAAUGUGCAUGAUGAAGAUCGAGAUGACCAAACCAGAUGUAACGUAUGGAUCUUGGAUGGGGAUCUGUAUCACAAAGGUCUCUUGAAAUUCGCCAUGGAUGCUAAAAGUAUUAGGGACACAUUGAUUAUAUUGGUAGUAGACAUGUCACGGCCAUGGUUGGCACUGGAUUCUUUGCAGAAGUGGGCUAGUGUAAUUAGAGAGCACAUUGACAAGCUAAAGAUUCCACCCGAAGAAAUGCGAGAGAUGGAAGAGAAAAUGGUAAGGAAUUAUCAAGCAUAUGUAGAGCCUGGAGAAGAAUGUCCUGUUUCACCUCAACGUAGAAAUACAUCUCUACAAGAAGAACAAGACGAAAGUGUGAUUUUACCACUGGGAGAAGAUACUCUUACACACAACCUCGGCAUUCCUGUAGUUGUUGUUUGCACAAAGUGCGAUGCCAUUAGUAUUUUGGAAAAAGAACAUGACUACAGAGAUGAGCACUUUGAUUUUAUCCAGUCACAUAUCCGAAAAUUCUGUUUACAAUAUGGCGCUGCACUUAUCUACACCUCAAUAAAAGAGAACAAAAACAUUGACAUUGUAUAUAAAUAUAUUGUUCAGCAAUUAUAUGGUUUCCAUUUUAAUAUGCCUGCGGUGGUUGUUGAAAAGGAUGCAGUAUAUAUCCCAGCAGGAUGGGAUAAUGAAAAGAAGAUAGGUAUUCUACACGAAAAUUUUCAAACACUAAAACUUGAAGACACUUUUGAAGAUAUAAUCACUAAACCACCUGUGCGUAAGUUUGUGCAUGAGAAGGAAAUUGUAUCUGAGGAUGAUCAAGUAUUUCUUAUGAAGCAGCAGACACAGUUGUCGAAACAACCUCCAAAUACAGCUGGACGACCUGAUGCAUCUCCGAGGGUCUCUGGUGGAUCGCCUAGAACACCAAGUAGAUCAGGGGGCUCUAAUGUUGCAAGUGUGUCCCCAGUACCUGCUGGUACAAAGAAAAUUGAUCCAAACAUGAAAGCUGGGACAACGAGUGAAGGAGUGUUGGCUAAUUUUUUUAACAGCUUGCUAAGUAAGAAAACUGGAUCACCUGGACCUGGUGGCACAGGCAACUCAACUGGAAAUCCUGGAGGCCAGAAGCCUGUGUUAACAGAUGUUCAAGCUGAGCUGGAAAGAAUUUCACGAAAACCUGAUCUCGUGUCCCCAACAUCACCUACAUCCCCUGCAGAAAGUGAAGCCUCUUGAAGACGCCAAACAAAAGCCUUUUUAUCCAGCUUUUUGGAGUUUUGUUAAAGUGCAUCUGCCUUUUUCCUUCCUCAGUGAUCGUGGAACUGUGGAGCCCAAACACUUUAGGGGGAGGGGAGUUUAUUUUCUUUCUAAGUGAAAUCCCUUUUUUUUUAUUUUUUUUUUUUUUUAUUCCAGCUUAGAUCUGUGCAGUGUAUGAAACCAUACAAGACUGCUGUUUUUACAGCCAAGAUCUACAUUUAAUUUUUUUUUUAUGUAUUUUUUUUUUUUCCUCCUGUAAAAUUAUUUUGGUAAGACUGCAACUUGGUUGGGGUUAAUUACCCAACCCGCAAAGUGUAGAUGAUGCACAAUGCCAAAGGCUUUACUGAUGAUUUGGGGUUCUUUUCUACUAUUGUAGAAACCUUUAGGGAGGUAGCGGGCAAAUCGAAUGAAGUACUUUUUUUUUUUUUUUUUUUUGUGGUUUUCUUUCUUUGGUUUAUUUUGUUUUGUUUAUGCUGACAUAGAACAAAAGAGAAAGGUGUUAAAAUGUAGGAUAUAUUGUUUGAUACAUAAAUAGGGUAAAUUUUGAAUCUAACUGUGGGGUAAGUAACAGACCAUUAACAUUGCUGCUGUGCAAAUACAAUGAUGUAAGGUAUAGGCAGGAUCUAUUACCACUUGCUUCACGCACUGAAUAAAUAUUUUGUCAAUGAAAAGAAGGUGGAGAGUAGCUUAACUACAUUUUUCCAGAUUUGUUUUGUAUAAAACACAUGGCUUUGCACUAGCCAAUUCUUUCUUUUCUUGGUUGUAAGUCAUGUUCUCAACAAUCGGUUAAUAAAGCUGUAUUUAUUAUCUGCAUAGACAUAUAUAUAUAUUUUAUUUUUAUGUUUAUUUUUGACAAUCUCAUUUAGUGCUCACUGUGUAAUGGGGGAGGGCUGAUGUAUGUAAAGGUAGUAGUGGCAGUUUCAUGGUUUAGAACAAUCUGAGAAUUCAAGCUUCCACACUUCAAUACAUAAAGUUUAAAACUAGGCUUUUUUAUUUACACCUUUUAUAGAACAGCCCAAUUCCUCCUGAUUGAUGUAAUUUUCCAAAUGGGUUAUCCAUUUUCCGGUCUUGCCAAUACUGGCUUAAAUUUUCCAACUCUUUGUUUUUGUGGUAGGAUGCAUUCAUUAAACAAUGUGGGCACAUUUGCCCGAUUGCAGAUUUUUGUAAUGGAUUCUGCUUUCUUUUAUUUUUAUUCUUGGGUUUGAAUACACUUGAAUGUUUGAUAUUGCAAAAUAUAGGUUUAACAGGUCUUGCGAAAACAAGCCCGUUUUGAUACACUUGGUAUUAAUUUAGUACUUGCUUCAAGAUGUGUUUUUAAAUCUUCUAUAAAAUAGCACAUUUUUGUAGGGAUGCAGUACAUAGUACAGGUCUUUCCAUAUCCCGGGAUAUUUCUUACAUUGAAAGCAUUGUGGUUUUGGUAUGAGUUUACCCUAUAGCAGUUUCAGUUAACAUUUUCCAUGGUGCUCGGCAAUCUCUGGCUAACUGAGCAUUAUGGGAACUGUGUACAAUAAACCUCAAUGGUAACUAGGCAAGUCCUACAGAGUGUACCUUUUCAAAGAACCGCUGAGCAGGGAGCAUAAGCAUGCAUAUUUUAAUUUGUGCCUGCAACUUCCUGAACUAUUCAUUGCAAUGGGAUUUAUAUUCCUGUCCCAGAGAUAAACAUUCACAGUCCAUACUACUGAGGGGUUAGCUGGAUAAAAGUAUAUGCAUGAUAGUAAAAUGUUUCCAAUGAAGACUAUGGCUAUUUAUUUUAAUUUUCUCCCUUUAAUAUGGUUUUACAUGUAAAUAUAUAUGUAUACAGAGUGUCCUCUUUGUCAUUUUUCCACCCCAUUCAAAGAUAUUCACAGUGAUGAGGCUUUUUACUAUUGACAUGUGAAAUCGAAAAGCAGCAGCAAUAUUAAUUGUUGUAUAAGGGAAGUUUAUGCAAACAAGCUGGUUACAGGAAAAUGUAAAAAUGUACCUGUUGAUUUUUGUGAAGCCUUUCAUAACAGAAAUGAAACAAUCCAAUUAAAAGUGAUGUCAAAUUGUACAAACUAAAA